AUGGCAGAAGGCCAGGAGGAACCUAAAAAGAUUACAAUUACUGUAAAAACACCAAAAGAAAAGCAGCAAGUUGAAAUCGAAGAAGAUGCAGAUAUCAAAAAACUCAAAGAAGUGUUGUCCCCUAAAUUUAACGCGGAGCCCGAGCAACUAUGUUUAAUUUUUGCCGGAAAAAUUAUGAACGAUUCAGAUACUAUGAAGCAACAUAACAUCAAGGAUGGGUUGACAGUUCAUCUUGUUAUCAAGACUCCUCCGAGACCUGAACCGGAAGGUGGAACACGGCGCCCUCCAGCUGAUAUUGGUGCUACACCUUUUGGACUAAAUUCUCUUGGGGGUCUAGCAGGCUUAGAAAGCCUUGGUCUAGGCCAAAGCACUUUUAUGGACUUGCAAGCUCGUAUGCAACAAGAGCUUUUGUCGAACCCCGAUAUGUUAAGACAAGUGCUCGAUAACCCACUUGUUCAGCAAAUGAUGAACGAUCCUGAGAAUAUGCGUACCCUUAUUACAUCAAACCCACAGAUGCAAGAUUUGAUGGCUAGGAACCCUGAAAUUAGUCACAUGCUGAACAAUCCUGAACUGUUAAGACAAACAAUGGAAUUGGCACGCAAUCCUGCCAUGCUGCAAGAAUUGAUGAGGUCCCAUGACCGAGCCUUGUCCAACUUGGAGAGUAUACCUGGUGGUUACAAUGCUUUGCAGCGAAUGUAUCGAGACAUCCAAGAACCAAUGUUGAAUGUAGCCAGUAGCAUGGCUGGAAACCCAUUCUCUGGACUAGUUGACAAUUCAGAUGGCACCAAUCCCCAACAAGGGGCAGAGAACCGCCAGCCCCUUCCGAACCCUUGGCAGCGUGGAGGUUCUAAUGCAACUAGUACACCAAACACAGGCCCAGGCCUCAUCAAUACACCUGGCAUGCAGUCAUUGUUACAACAGAUGUCGGAAAAUCCUCGUCUCGUACAAUCAAUGCUAUCAGCCCCAUACACUAAUAGUAUGCUACAAGCUCUCGCUGCUGACCCAGAGAUGGCAUCUCAACUUAUUAACCAGAACCCAAUGUUUGCCAAUAACCCACAACUUCAAGAACAGAUUCGUACUAUGAUGCCACAAAUGCUAGCCCAGCUACAGAAUCCAGAAAUGCAACAGAUGAUGUCUAAUCCACAGGCGCUGAAUGCCCUACUCCAGAUCCAACAGGGUAUGGAACAAUUACGAGCGGCGGCUCCAAGCUUGGUCAAUAACAUGGGCUUCGGAGCAGCCGCUGCAACUGCGGCCCCACCACCACCUCCCACUACUAACACACCGCCGGCACAAGCGAGACAACAACAGAACUCUGAACUGUUCACACAGUUCAUGCAAAGAAUGGUAUCGGCGAUGGCAAACAACCAAACGAACACUCAACAGCCACCAGAACAACGCUACUCACAGCAGCUAGAGCAACUAACAGCCAUGGGAUUCCUCAACAGGGAGGCUAAUUUACAAGCCCUGAUCGCAACAUUUGGUGACGUGAACGCGGCAGUUGAAAGGCUACUGGCUCUGGGUCAACUGUCCAUGAGCUAA